AUGAUCCGCCGGCCGCUGGAGGACGAGGACCUGCUGGAGGAGAUCCUCCUCCGCCUCCCUCCGAGUCCAUCAUCGCUUCCCCGCGCGUCAAUCGUAUGCAAGCGCUGGCGCAGCAUCGUCUCCGACCCCGAAUUCCUCCGCCGCUUCCGCAAGCACCACCGGAAACCCCCGCUCCUGGGCCUGUUCGGCCCCGAAUCCUCUCCGGGUGCCAGCGCCUUCAGUCCCGCUCUGGACCCGCCCGACCGCAUCCCUCCCAAGCGCUUCGCCGUGCCCAGGAGCAGCAGCAUUGGACCCGACGACGAUGACCGCUGGGACGUGCUCGGCUGUCGCCACGGCCUCGCCGUCCUAGCCAACGUGCCGCGGCGCGUGAUCGCCGUGUGGGAUCCGCUCACCGGCCGACAGCGCCGCGUGGCCUUUCCGCCCGGGCUCGGCUCCGUCCCUUGGGUGAUAUAUCGGCAGGCCGCGGUGCUGUGCGCCGAUGCCGGAGAAGGGCACGUGCACGGCGACUGCUUCUCGAGCCCGAUCAAACUGGUCUUGGUCUGGGUUGUCGUCAUAAGCAGGCAAGCAUGCGCCUGCGUCUAUGAAUCGGCCACCGGUGUAUGGGGAGACAUUGUCUCUACAAAGAUUACACCUCAGUUUUUUGACAUAAAGCCCGCCAUCCUUGUUGGGGAUGCACUUUGCUGGUGUCUUUCUGGUGGCGAUGCCCUUACAUUUGGUCUUGGAACCCAGAGCCUUGGUGUGAUCAAGAAGCCGAUACUUUCCCCUUUGACCGACUUGCGCUACGGAAUGAUUCAGCUCUUCCGGACAGAGGAUGGUGGGCUUGGGUUCACGCAUUUGUUGGCGCACACCAUGAAAUUAUGGGUGCUGGGAUCAAACCGUGACGGUAUUUCCAGAUGGGUGCUUCUGCAAACCUUUCAGCUGGAGGAGCUCUUUCCACAGGGAACGUUUAGUGACUUCGAAUGGGCAAGGAUGACGGGGUAUGAUGAGGACACAAAUGCGAUUAUUUUGUCUACGGCGAUUGGCGACUUCACGUUCCAAGUUGACACGGGCGAGAUCAACCAUAUUAUUAAAAGAAAUGGCAGACGUUGCCAUGCUUAUUAUCCCUACAGAAAUUUCUAUACCGCGGGUAAUGCCUCCCUAUCUAUACUUUUGGUAGAGUACUUGAUUUCUGUAAUAUUGUUCAUGUGA